ACGGCAAAAGGUCAAAUUAAUUGGGCGGUGAAAUAGUCUAGAUAUGAAAAAAGUAAUUUUUCUGUCAGCCUCAACGCAGGCAUACUCGACCAUUCUCUAAAAAAAGAAAUCCGAGUUCUCCAGAUAUGAGAUAAGAAUUUAUUACUCAGAAAAAUAGCAAAGCGUCGUGUGCGUAUUAGAUUCAGAAAGUUGCAAAAGGUCUAAGCAAUAGACAAACAGAAGAUCAUACCAAGUUUAGUGGAAGAAAAGGCUUCGGUUCAUACUAACGCGUUUUAUUUUUUCACUCAGCAAAGGGAAUCUCUACAAUGAAAUGACAAAGACCUGGAGAGGCCAGUCGUAUAAUACAGCUGCAGGUACCUCUAGUCCGAUGGCUGGAAGAUAUAGGAAAAUCUCUUUCGCUGGGAGACUGCUGGAGUUAGCUGAAGGAGUACGUACGCCCAGGCCCUCUCGUCCGCCUUCGGAGGAGACUAUGCCUCUAAACAAACCUUCAACCGGAACUGGCGAUUUCUUAUCACCAGGCGACGCUGCCACUGGUGGAGGCUCUCGACCCAGAUCUCGACCCAGUUCUCGACCCAGUUCUCGACCGGCCUCGCUGUUGUUGAGGGAUGCCUUGAUUACAAUGUUUGGUGGAACGGAAGAGGAUGAGACGAACACUCAGGGGUCAGGAUCUCUAUCUAAAAGAGGUUCCAAGCGUGUUUCAUUCCUCGACGAGGAAGCUGGUCAACCACUGGUACAGCAAGAGUCCGGUUCACCUGAACAAACUCAAGAAAAGAAGGACGAAUCAGUGGAAGAGAGAAAAUCAAACGAAGAACCUGCCGCUCAUGUGAAACCUUCAAGGCCGUUACAGAUCCCAGCGAUUCUCGUCAGGCAACCGAGUGAAGAUUUCGAUCAUGGAGGCGAGUCCCCUGCUAGAGCUUCAGGGGACGAAGAACUUAACCCCCGUGAAAAAGAGGACACGAUCUCUGUAGAGGAUUCGCCGAGUCGGGAGGCUGCGCUACCAGAUCAAGAUGCAGAUGACGAAAAGGAAGAUGAUGAUGAUGAUGAUGAUGAUGAAGAAGAUAGGUCAUCCUUGAACGACUUUGGUGCGAGGUACCCAGACUCUUCAUUAGAAGAUAUCCCUGAUAGAAGCCUAAUAUUCCCCGAUCUCGAGGACUUCCUUCUCAACUUAGAUAAAGAUUCUCCCCUUGAAGAACCGCUGUACAGUUGUGCUAGUCACGUGAGAGAUAUUUUGAGGAAAAGUUACGGUGACGAAGGUCCAAGCGGCUUGGGUCCGGAAGCUGUGCUGACUGUGCCAGAAGAAUUCCUGGGGAUGAUACGUAGCUCUCCCCAGUCUCCAGGCGGAGCUGCCGAGGGAACAGAUCAAGUUGAUGACGUGGAUUAGAUGUCAAUUUCAAGGUCACAACAGUUGAUUUGGAAACUUUUCUCCGGUGCGGGAAAAUGAUAUGGAAAUCUCGAGACACCAUGGAGACAGAUUUUACGAUCAUUUAAGUACUUGAGAUGGAAAUUUGAUUGCUCCAGUUGUAACUUGACAAAAGACAUCCUCCCGCCAUAUUUUACAGAACUGAAGGUGACCACUUUUGCCGGGAGCCAACUACUGAACUCAGUAUUUUAAGGGGGUACUGACCAUUGCAGGAUCACUGCGCAAACUUUUGAUACUCUUAUUCUUGUUUGCUUGUUUGCUUUUUUAUCGAAAGUAAGUUGAUUCAAAAUUGUUAACUAAGUCGCUCUAGUUUUGACUGAACCAUGUGAAAAGUUCUUAGAUUUGUAAUCUCAUAGAAAUAAAUACGGAUAUAUAUGACUUUCA